AUGGCAGACUGGUCUCAACUCCCAAAGGACCUCCUCCACCUCAUCUCCCAAAAACUCAACUCCCAUUUCUACCAACUCCGCUUCCGCUCCGUCUGCUCCUCAUGGCGCUCCUCCACCCCUCAAAACCACCACCACCAUCUCAAUCUCCCUCCCAAAUUCCCAAUUCCCUCCAACAACCAUGAUUCCACCUUCCCUCUCUCCAAACGAACCCUCUUCCUCAUCUCCCCACCCCCUAAUCCACACACCCUACAACCAUGGCUAAUCAAAAUCGGCCCUGACUCACGUGACCAAACUCGCCUCUGGCACCCUCUCUCACGUGACAAACAAUUCUCGAUUCAUUCCCCUAACUCCAUCGAUUUCAACCACCUCCCUGUCAUCGAUCUCGGUUGCGAAUUCGUCAUCGGUAACUUCCCUUCCCAAUCCUCCUCUCUUCCUCCAAACAACUCACUCUACAUGGAAAAGGUUGUUGUUUUUGAAGCUGACGCUGACACGUGGCAGAUCGGAAAAGGCCGCUGUUCGAUUCUUCUCACUAUUCACAUUUCUGGAAAACUCGCUGUGUUCCGAUGCGGUGAUGAACGGAGUGAUGAUCGGUGUGAUGAGAAGUGGAUGAUAAUUCCUGAUAUGCUCACGCCUUAUGAUGAUGUAUGUGUCUAUAAAGGGAGGCCGUUUGCGGUUGAUAGUACCGGCCGGGCUGUUGUCGUGGGACCGGAUUUGAGUGUGGAGAUGGUUGCGGGGCCCGUGUUUGGUGGAGAUAAGAAAUUCUUGGUGGAGAGUGAGGGUGAUUUGUUGUUAGUGGAUAAAUAUUUGUCUUGUCUUGUGAAUUGUUUGAGGGAUGAUGUUGAUGGUGGUGGUGGUGGUGGUGAUGGUGGUGGGUUUUAUGAGAUUGGGCAUGGUUAUUUAGAUGGUGAGUUUUAUGAGAUUGGAAGGGAGAGAGCUGUGAGAUUUGAUGUGUUUAGGCUUGAUGAGAAGAGGAAGAAGUGGGUGGAGGUGAAGAGUUUGGAGGAUAGGGUUUUGUUUUUGGGGGAAGAUUGUGCUUUUUCUGCUUCGGCUUUGGAUUUGAGGAUUGGUUAUGGGAAUUGUGUGAUAUUUAGGGACGAUGUUUAUAGUGAUUCUCAAUCGAGUGAGCUCGGGGUCGGUGUUUUUCAGUUCGGUAGGUUUAGGAUUGCGCCAUUGUCUUGUUUUCCUUGUUAUUCUAUGUUUUUCUGGCCACCUCCAGAAUGGGUCGGGGUCGGGCUGCGUUGA